GCCGGGGAAGCCGGGAAGGGCGGUGGCCGGUGGCUCCUCCCCGCCGGGUGUACGGCUCCGGUCUCAGGGUCGGAGGGAUGGCCAGGGAAUCCUGAGGCAGGGCGGUCGGGCGCUCAGUGAAGCCGGAUCCCGGGGCCUGAACGCUCGGGGACUCGGAGUCGAGCGAUCUCUGACGCCCGGGCGGCUCGGAUGCCGUCACCCCAGACCCUCCCCUCUCCUCCUCUUCCCCCCUCCGGCGUGCAGCCGGGAGGGGGCCGCUCCUGGGUCACGCCUGGGGCGCGUGCCCCCGGCCCAGAAGAAGACACUUGAGAACCCGCGAAUAGGGGUGGGGCGUGGGAGCCCACUUUUUGGGGGUAUGCUCCCCCGACCCCGGCCGGCCUCGGCCCCGCCCCGGCCCAGGCCCCGCCCCGGCCCCGCCGCGCCGCCCACUCCCCUCGGCAGGGCCGGGAGCCCCGGGGGCCGCCGCCGCCGCCGCCGCCCGAGCGCCCGCCAUGCGCGCCGCCCUCGCCGCCCCGCUGCUACAGCUGCUGCUCCUGCUGGGGCCGCCGCUCGGGGCUGCGGGCCUCGCGGAGCCGCCGCUGCCCGCAGUGGUCCUUGCCAUCCUGGCCCGCAAUGCCGAGCACUCACUACCCCACUACCUGGGUGCGCUGGAGCGGCUGGACUACCCCCGGGCCAGGCUGGCCCUCUGGUGUGCCACAGACCACAACGUGGACAACACCACAGAGAUGCUGCAGGAGUGGCUGGCCGCUGUGGGCGAUGACUAUGCGACUGUAGUCUGGAGGCCCGAAGGGGAGUCCAGGUCCUACCCAGAUGAAGAGGGUCCCAAGCACUGGACCAAAGAAAGGCACCAGUUUCUGAUGGAGUUGAAGCAGGAAGCCCUGACUUUUGCCAGGAACUGGGAGGCUGACUAUAUCCUGUUUGCAGAUACAGACAACAUUCUGACCAACAAUCAGACACUGAGGCUUCUGAUCGAGAAGGGGCUGCCCGUGGUGGCCCCAAUGCUGGACUCCCAGACCUAUUACUCCAAUUUCUGGUGCGGGAUCACCCCCCAGGGCUACUACCGCCGCACAGCCGAGUACUUCCCCACCAAGAACCGCCAGCGCCGGGGCUGCUUCCGUGUCCCCAUGGUCCAUUCCACAUUCCUGAUAUCCCUGCGGGCUGAGGGGGCAGCCCAGCUCGCCUUCUACCCUCCUCACCCCAACUACACCUGGCCCUUCGAUGACAUCAUUGUCUUCGCCUACGCCUGUCAGGCAGCUGGGGUCUCGGUCCACGUGUGCAACCAGCACCGCUACGGGUACAUGAACGUGGCCGUGAAAUCCUACCAGGGGCUAGAGGACGAGAGGGUCAACUUCAUCCACCUGAUCUUGGAAGCACUAGUGGACGGGCCCCCCAUGUGGGCCUCGGCUCAUGUGUCCCGGCCCCCAAAGAGGCCCAGCAAGAUGGGGUUUGAUGAGGUCUUUGUCAUCAGCCUGGCCCGCCGGCCCGACCGCCGUGAGCGCAUGCUGAGCUCGCUCUGGGAGAUGGAGAUCUCCGGGCGGGUGGUGGAUGCUGUGGAUGGCCGGACACUCAACAGCAGUAUCUUGAGGAGCCUUGGCGUGGACCUGCUCCCUGGCUACCAGGACCCCUACUCAGGCCGCACGCUGACCAAGGGCGAGGUGGGCUGCUUCCUCAGCCACUACUCCAUCUGGGAGGAGGUGGUUGCCAGGGGCCUGGCCCAGGUCCUGGUGUUUGAGGACGACGUGCGCUUUGAGAGCAACUUCAGGGGGCGACUGGAGCAGCUGAUGGAGGAAGUGGAGGCAGAGAAACUCCCAUGGGACCUGAUCUACCUCGGCCGGAAGCAGGUGAACCCUGAGGAGGAGGCGGUUGUGGAGGGGCUGCCACACCUAGUGGUGGCCGGGUACUCCUACUGGACACUGGCAUACCUCCUGAGCCUGGCGGGUGCCCGCAAGCUGCUGGCCUCCCAGCCCCUACGCCGAAUGCUGCCCGUGGACGAGUUCCUGCCCAUCAUGUUUGACCAGCACCCCAACGAGCAGUAUAAGGCACACUUCUGGCCACGGGACCUGCGGGCCUUCUCAGCCCGGCCCCUGCUUGCCGCCCCCACCCACUAUGCGGGGGAUGCCGAGUGGCUCAGCGACACGGAGACAUCCUCACCCUGGGAUGAUGACAGCGGCCGCCUCAUCAGCUGGCGUGGCUCUCACAAGACCCUGCGUGACCCUCGCCUGGACCUGGCUGGCAGCAGUGGGCACAGCCUCCAUCCCCACCCCAGGGAUGAGCUCUAGCCUGUCUUCUUUCUCUCCUGCCCUCUGUCUGCUCCGUCUCUGUCUCUAUUUGUGUGUUUGGCUGUCCCUUCGUUUCUCUGUGCACCUCUAGCGCUUACUCUUUCUCUGCCCGCCUCUGUCUCUCUGACUUUCUCCGUGUCUGUUUCUGUCUCUGCCCCUCGCUCUCUGCCCCUAGUUCUUCUAUUCUCUCCUCUUGCGUCUCCUGUCUAGGUCUAGGUGGUGACUCCAGAGGAGUGCCCAGGAGCAGGCCGCAGCUGUCCAGGGGGCAGAGUUGGAGAUCGCUGGCAGAGGCUGCCACCAGCAGCCACAGACCCAGUAGAGACCUGGUUGCCACCUUAGGCAUGGCCACUCUGCCCUCUGGACCCAUCUUAUAUUGGGAGAAACCACUCAGAGAUGGGUCCCCUUCUCCAAAGGUCACGUGGUGAAAGGGCAGAGCUCACAGGCCCUCUUACCCUGCACUGCCUGACUCAGGGCCUGGGCGGAGGGGAGGAGGGGGCAGACAGGAGCCCUGCCCUCCCUGAGGACCCAGCUGCUGGGGCCCCUCUGCCCGCUUCUACCUCCACCUCAGCCCCCUCCCUGGCUUGACACCUGGGUCCCACCUUCCAGGGCCAACCUUCCUCCCUGGCCAGUGGGAAGUGCAGGGAGGUGGGAGGAGGACCCUUGCAGACCUGGUACCCAGCACACAGUAGGCCCUCAAUAAAAGCCGGCUGGUAUUUGCACUUUAUACUUUUUAA